AUGAAGGUCUUCGUCAUUGUAAUCGGCAGUCUCGUAGUCGGUUGCCUCGCUUAUCCAAAACAACCGACAUUCCCAUCAUGUCAGUCAUCUGUGUGCCAUUCCGGUACAAAUACUAGCUACGGUUGUCGAGAUGGUGUCUGCGACUACACGUGUUCCAAGUCAAUGUGCCAUGGAUUUGGAAACGCCGUCUUUCCACGGAAGGGAAUCCAAGAGGCGUGGGGCAGUGGAGCACUGGGCAAGCAAGGCUGCUACGGUGGAAACUGCGGCUACUGGAGUGGAUGCAAUAAUGGAAAGUGCAGUGACUUCUACGACUUCCAGCAGUGUCAACAUGUUAAAUGCGUCAAUGGAUCAUUCCAUGGCUAUGGUUGCAGCACUGGUGGCAACUGCCGAGUUGUCUGCUUCAUUGACGUUUGCCAUUCCGUUGACAAUUAUGGUAAGAUGUACCAACCCACAAUUCCUGCACAACAGAAACCAGCACACAAAGACAAUUCACACAAAUCAGGAGCAAGUGCAAAGGCGAUCACAGAAUUUCUGGACAAAGUGAAUCCUAAGGAUCUGAAUACGCUCAUUGAGUCAACACCAAACAUUGAUGAGCUGAUUACCAGCCUUGAUGGCGAAGCUAUUACAGCUAUUUUCAAAAAGUUACCAAACGCCAUUAAUUUGAUGAAGAAGUUGAAGCCGAAAACACAACUAUAUAUUCUCUCAAAAUUAUGUAGCAAAGCGCGUUAUGCCCUGGGCUCUGCAGAGACGAAGGGUUAUGAUCCAACUGGAAUUUGCAACAAAUAUGGCAAUGGCUGGCAAAAGAGGGGCAGUGGACGGGGUUAUGGUGUUCCUGCGUAUCCAAAAAUGGGUGGAGGGUAUGGUCAUGGCAGCUUCGGUCAAGCAAUGUAUCCUCAGCCUCAAAAGCCCUACCCACCCUCUUCGGUGUCAGCUAUGGAUCCACGUGUGCUUCAAUCGAUACUCACCCAAAUGCCAAACUUGAAUCAACUUCUGAUGUAUGUGGAUCCGAUGCUUCUUCAAUCAGCUUUGAUGUACGUGCCAGGAUUUGGUAUCUACGCCUCCAGUAUGGACCCAUACGCAUUACAGUCAAUGUUUGCAGGACUUCCGAACAUCAGAGAUAUCCUAGCAAGUAUGGAUGCAAGACUGCUUCAUUGGAUGGUAGCAAAUACACCCAACAUUGAUGCUAUUUUAAUUAGUAUCAAUCCAAAAAUCGCCCAAACUAUAAUAUCUUAUGUGACAAGCAAGGAUAAUGUGGUGAAGGAGCCUGAAGCUACGACGUCAAAGCCCGCUUCUGAGGUGCCUGAUCCGGCAAACAUUACUGAUCCUAAGACUAUACAAAUACUUUUAUCAACUGUACCAAGCAUUCCCAUUCAUUUUGCUAAUAUCCUUUUAAACAAGGACCCGGGCUUCGUCCAGUACAUAAUCGAAAACCAUCAGAAUCUUCCAGGUCUUCUGGCCAGUAUGAAUGCCCAAACGCUUCAUUACGUCACUGCUCAUGUUCCUAAAUUUGGCAAAAUGCUCUCGAAGAUGCAUUCCAACACACUGAAAGUCGUUUUUGACAAAUUGCCCAACACUACCACAUACUUGGCAGACAUGGAUCCCGAGGUAGUGCGAGCCAUCGUGGCAAAAUUGCCCUCUCUUUCUAAAUAUGCACCCACAGAACCAACCACGACUGCUCCGCCAACGACUCCUACAUCUGCGCCUAAAGUUGAAACAAUCGUUACGGUACCGACAACAGUUGCCACUGAGGCACCUAUAUUUACAGACAAGGAGCUUGAAAUAUUGCGGUCUAAAAUACCCCUCUUUGAUACUGUGUUGAAGUUGAUGGAUUCGAAAAAAGUGGCUGCCCUGCGUGUAUUAGUGCCCGAUUUUUCAAAAACACUGAUAGAUUUGGAGCCAAAGAAGCUGAAAAUCAUCAAUUCUUAUCUAUCAGACAUUAAAAAGACGCUCGAUGCAGUGAAAGAUGCGCUCUUUGAAGCGCCUCUUUCGAAGUUGAAGAAAAGCGGCGGUGUUUUCGGUCCACUUAUAGGUCUGCUCUUUUAG